GCCCCGAGCCGCGCGGCUCCGGGGGGCGAUUCUGUUUCCAGGGCGGAGGGGCAGAGCUUCACGAAGGCUGAUCUUGAGGAUCUAUGGGAUGCGAACCUCGCCAGCCUGAAGUUGCAGGCGCUAGCGCAACUUCUGGCCAUCGACCAGAUCGCGCCGGCGCAGGGGGGGGGGCCUCAGACGGGAGGCAAGGCCGAGACGGGCGACUCUGCGUUCCAGAGUGAUUCCCGCGGCGGGAAAGGUUCUGGGGGCAAGGCGGGCUGCGCAAGCUCCACGGGUGGCAGGAACUACGGGGAUGACGAGAGCGCGGGGGCGUCUGUAGAUGGGACGCCCUCUGCCGGCGGCGCCGGCGCGGGGGAGCAGUCUGGGGAUGCCGGGGCGCCUUCUGCCGGCGAGCAGCCGCCUCUGGGCGGCGGCUCGGGUGCAGGGGAUUAG